AUCUAAGGCUGGAGAAGCAUCUUCUCAAAUAAUUAACAUUUAGGUGCUCAUUUGGGAAAGACUUUCAUUUUAGGGUAUUUCUAAUAUAUAUAUAUAGUUGCUGCAACUCCAAUUCAUUUCUUUCUUCUCUUUCUAGCUAAGCUAUGGUGGAAAAAGCAUAGAACAGAAUAAUCAAAAUAGCUUCCUCAAUUUUUCUCUCACAAGGAUAUAUGUACUAGCACCAUAUAUAUUGGAGAAAAUGAUUUAAUAAAUAUAGAAGAAAAUGGCAAGUUCAAGAGAAGGUUAUGAAGCAAAGCAAGAGGGAGGUGAAAAUAGCAAUAAUAAUAGUAUUGAAAAGAUUUCAAAGGCAGCUUCUACUUCAAGACAAUGGUCAUCAACAGGGUUAAGAAAUCCAAGAAUUGUGAGAGUAUCUCGUACAUUUGGUGGAAAAGAUAGGCAUAGCAAAGUUUGCACUAUAAGAGGUUUAAGAGAUAGAAGAAUUAGGCUUUCAGUUCCAACAGCAAUUCAAUUAUAUGAUCUUCAAGACAAACUUGGUUUAGGACAACCAAGUAAAGUAAUUGAUUGGUUACUUGAAGCAACAAAAUUUGACAUUGAUAAACUCCCUCCACUUCAAUUCCCACAAGGCUUUUCACAAUUUCAUCAUCCACAAACCCUACUUCCUUUUCAUGAAUCAAUUACUAGUGCUUCUCAUGAACUUUCACUUGGUCCUUUGUAUGAUCCUAGUUCAUCAUUUGUUGGGAUUCAAAAUCUCAUGGCAAGGUCAAAGUUUUGGGAAAUGGAUUCAAGGGUUAAUAAUAAAGGGAAAGAAGUUGAAAGAGAGUACUUUGUUGAAAAGGGUAAGUGGAUCAAAACAAAUGAAGAAGAAAAUCAUGAAGCUAGUUACAAUAAUUUUCAACAAACUUCAACUCAAAAGCUUUUUCCUAUGGAGACUCAUUCUACUUUACCAAGUUUUCUUAACAAUAAUGCUAUGUCAUAUAACAACUACCAUUUAGAACCUUCUAAUUUGUCUUUAUCUCAAUUUGGAGGAAGCCAUGGAUUGUUCCAAUCACAACAAGUAGAUCCAAAUCAAAGUAGUGGAAAUGGUUUGCAAUUUCCAUUUUCUUUUCCACUUCAACAAUCUACUUCACAAUUAUUGUUUGGACCUUCUUCUUCUUCUACUUCACCAUCAUCAUCAUCACUUUUGAGUAAUCCUUUUAUGACAACAACAAAUUCAGUUGAAAAUGAUCCAAGAGUACAACAAUUCAACCAUUUUCAGUUCAUAAACUCAUCUAGUUCUUCUUCUCAAGCUAUGACUCAUCCACUCCUUCCAUCUUUUCACUCAUUCAACUCACCUGCUGUUAGACCUUUUCCAAUGCCAUUUAGUUCCAAGCUUCUUGAUUUGGAUAACAAUCACAAUGGUAACCAACAUGAUAAUAAGGGUUGUCGCGGCGAUCGUUCUUGAAGCUCAUUGUUGAUUCUAUGAAGCAAAAGGAACAAGUAUUAAUUGGUGUGGUCCAUGGAUCAAUAUGCCAAAGCUCAUUGCGUUUUAUUACACCGCUAGCCAAGGUGAGUGCAGAGUUACAGAUGUGUUGUGAUUCUUAAUAUUAUAGCGUAAUACGGUUGAUGUUACCACAACUGCAAUUGCAGGGCCUUCAAAGUUAUCUACAUUUUGGCCACAAAUGUAGUUGUAAACUGCAAUUUAAAACAAUGCAUGCAUUUUAGUAAGUAUAUGGCUAUGCUAUAUUUUGCCUUUGAAUCAUUUUGAUUUUUUUGGUUGAGAAAUGUUAGCUGGUAAUGUUAUGCCGGUAGUUAGUAUUUGAUUUAAGGAUGAGUUCAACCUCUUGAGUUAUGCUUUAAGGAUGGAUAUUUAUGAUUUAAGCUAUAUAUAUAAUCGUAUCUGGUUGACAAAUCAUUGUUGUAAAAGCUAGAAUAAGUGGUAAUAGUAACCUUAAUUUUCUUAUAUUGAUAUUUGAACUACUCCAUAAAUUAUUUUUAUUUUAUGUAAAAAAUUGUGUUUUGUUCA